AUGCAAGGGUUACGAGCUUCGUCGCUUUUCCUCUGUGGUGUUGUUCUGAUCCAGCUGCUUGCUGCUCCAAUCGAUGCUCAAAGAUCCAAAAGUCCAUGGCAGACGCUCGCUGGUGAUGCUCCUCGUGUGAUAGCUCGUGGUGGAUUCUCAGGAUUAUUUCCAGAUUCGAGUCUCGAUGCAUACAAGUUCGCAAUGUUGACAAGUGUAGCCGAUGUUGUUCUAUGGUGUGAUCUUCAGCUAACCAAAGACGGAGCUGGGAUUUGUUUCCCUGAUUUAACACUGAGCAAUGCUUCAACCGUCGAAACCACUUACCCAAACCGCCAAAAAUCAUCUUACCCGGUUAACGGAGUCACCACUCAGGGCUGGUUCACCAUCGAUUUCACCUUGAGAGAUCUCAGCAAGAUUUCCUUGAUUCGAGGUAUAUUUUCUCGGUCAGACAGAUUCGAUGGAAACUCAUACCCGAUUUUGACGGUUGAUAGCUUAAACAAGCAGUUGCAACCACAGGGUCUUUGGUUAAACGUUGAGCACGAAGCCUUCUACGCUCAGCAGAACCUGAGCAUCAGCACUUUUCUCAUCACAACUUCAAAAACUGUCAUCAUAGACUUCAUCUCAUCCCCUGAAGUCAACUUCUUCAAGAAAAUCGCUGGACGUUUCGGUCGUAAUGGACCGAGCUUCGUGUUCCGGUUCCUCGAGAAGGAAGAAGUCGAGCCAACAACUAACCAGACAUACGGUUCCAUCUUGAGUAACUUGACCUUUGUCAAGAGUUUUGCUUCAGGGAUCAUUGUUCCCAAGUCUUACGUAUUGCCAGUGGAUGACAAACAGUACUUGCGUCCUGCUACAAGUUUAGUUCAAGAUGCGCACAAGGCGGGACUGGGAGUGUUUGUGUCUGGUUUUGCUAAUGAUGCUGAUAUCGCACACGACUACAGUUUCGAUCCAGUGUCUGAGUAUCUGUCUUUUGUCGACAAUGGCAAUUUCUCUGUCGAUGGUGUGCUCACUGAUUUCCCCAUAACUGCAUCUGCAUCCGUAGACUGCUUCUCCCACGUUGGCAAAAACGCUACAAAAGAAGCUGAUUUUCUUGUUAUAUCCAAAAACGGUGCAAGUGGAGACUAUCCAGGAUGUACAAACUUGGCGUAUCAGAAGGCAAUCCAAGACGGUGCUGAUGUGAUCGAUUGCUCAGUGCAAAUGUCCAGCGACGGUAAACCCUUUUGCUUAAGCUCGAUCAGCCUCGGGAACAGCACAGAUGUCGCUCAAUCUCCUUUCAGGAACCGUUCGACACCUGUUCCUGAGAUUAGCUCAGUUGGUGCGAUAUACACUUUUAGCCUCACAUGGCCUGAGAUCCAGACCUUGAAACCUGCUAUUUCAAACCCCUACAGUGUAUACAGUUUGUUUAGGAAUCCAAAAGAGGGAACUUCUGGGAAGCUUCUUUCGCUAUCUGAGUUCCUAAACUUGGCGAAGAACUCCACCUCUCUCUCCGGUGUUCUGAUCAGUGUAGAGAAUGCAGCAUACCUAAGAGAGAAGCAAGGCCUCGACGUGGUUCAAGCGGUUCUUGACACACUCACAGAGACUGGCUACAACAGCAGUAAAACCGCAAAGGUGAUGAUUCAGUCAACAAACAGCUCGGUUCUCGUUGACUUCAAGAAGCAGAGCCAGUACGAGACUGUGUACAAGGUCGAAGAAACCAUCCGUGAUAUCCUCGACUCUGCUGUAGAAGACAUAAAGAAAUUCGCCGACGCUGUAGUCGUCGUGAAAUCAUCAGUCUUCCCUGACGCCGAUGGGUUCAUCACUGAGCAAACCGAUGUUGUGACGAAGCUGCAGAAGUCUAAGCUCCCGGUGUACGUGGAACUGUUUCAGAAUGAGUUUGUAUCUCAACCGUAUGACUUCUUCUCUGACGCAACUGUUGAGAUCAACUCGUAUAUCACUGGAGCAGGUGUAGGUGGAACCAUCACCGAGUUCCCUUUCACUGCCGCAAGAUACAAAAGGAAUCUUUGUUUGGCCAGAAAAGAAAUUCCAUUUUACAUGGCACCUGUCUCACCCGGUGGCCUCUUGGGAAUUGUGAGUUCCUUACCUCCAGCGGAAGCUCCAAACCCGGUUUUCACAGAUGCUGAUGUCACUGAGCCACCACUACCUCCGGUUACAGCGAAAGCCCCAACCUCAACCCCAGGAACCCCAUCAACCAAUGCUCAAGCACCCAGCGGACAAACCAGACUCACUCUAUCUCUUCUCCUUUCUGUUUUUGCAAUGCUUCUUGCCUCUCUUCUCCUUCUGUGA